AUGCCGCCACGUAGAGAGCCCGAUCAUCAGGGUCCUACUCAGGCUACGGUAGUCGCUCAGUUCCGCGACUAUCAUGCAGAGAAGUUUUCAGGACAGGGCGACCCCCGUAUCGUUGAUGAAUGGAUUCAGGGGUUGGAGUUUAUCUUUGAAGUUAUGGAAUGCCCCGAUAGGUAUCGCGUAGUUUGCGCUCAGCUUCAGCUCACUGGCGAUGCGAGGCUCUGGUGGAAUGCCUACUGGAGCAUGCGUCUCGGUGAAAAGACGGGUUGUACGUGGGACAUGUUCAAGAAUCUAGUCCGCGACAAGUACUACCCUUCUUACUAUCGGGCAGAGAUGGAGCGCCAGUUCUUAGCGCUUCAGCAGGGCACUCGUACUGUCGAUGAGUACGAGCGAGAGUUCACCAGACUUGCAGGUUUUGCACCGGAUCUUGUUCGUAC